AUGAAUUGGGGUACCAAGUGGAUAGUGGGAGGUGAUUGGAAUGAGAUUUGCUCUGGAGAGGAAAAGAGAGGGGGCAAUGCUCGUAGUAACACAAGCUGUCUGGCCUUCAAUAGUUUCAUAGCCAGAAUCGGAAUGCUAGAAGUCACAAUGACAGACAACACAUUCACAUGGGGUAAUAAUAGGGAGCAGGAGGGCUACAUUGAAGAGAAGCUCGACAGGGUAUUUGGAUCUUUGGAAUGGCUAGCCAUCAACCCCACUGCACAGGUAAACAGCUGGUUUAGGAAUUCCUCAGACCACCUCAUGCUCAUUCUAAACUCCAAUCCAGUAGGGGAUAUAAAGAAGAAGAGAAGAUUCAUAUUUGAUACCAGAUGGAACAGAGGGAUUGAAUCAAAUUCUGAGCACAAAAUUAGGAGACUAUCUGCUCAAUUGGAGGACAUGAAAACCCGGGGAGGAAACAGAGAUUGGCUUGAAUGGGAUAGAGUUAAAGAGAUGGACAAGGCCUAUGAGCAGGAAGAAAAAUUCUGGAAGCUAAAAUCCAGGAACCAGUGGCUGAGAGAAGGAAACCGCAACACCAAAUUCUUCCAUGCUUUCAAAGAAGAAAAACAAAUGCCAUUUCCGCUUCACAUCAGAGGGAUCAUGGGGAGAAACACAGCUGCUACCAUAGUUUUUAAACCCGGCCCGGUGAUCGACCCGGGCAGGUCCUCGGGUCACCGGGUCACCGGUUCAACCGUCGGGUCACCGGUUCAACAGUCGGGUCACCGGUCGGGUCAAUGCCCCGGGUCGACCGGGUCUCUACCGAGUCGGCCGGGUUUUGACCGGGUCCUUGGUUGCCCGGUCCAAAUAUUCCACCCGGACCGAUUCCAGCUCCGGGUCGACCGGGUCACAAAACAGUGGCUGCUACCACUGAUUCCUAAAGUUAUUGGGGAGGAAGACAAUAGCAUUCUCACAGCCAAGGUGGAUGAAGUAGAAAUCAAAGAGCUUUGUUUAGCCUCAAUCCUGAGAAGGCACCUGGCUCUGAUGGAGGUUAUCCACUUUCUUAAUAGGCACAGGACUGGGAAAAAAUGCUACAUGGCCUUAAAGCUAGACAUGAUGAAGGCAUUUGAUAGGAUAGAAUGGAACUAUGACUCCCUAAUCUUCUGUGAAGCAAACACAUCCCAAGCUGUUUGUUUGUUGCAAAUCCUUCACAAGUACCAGUUAUUCACAAGCCAAAGAGUAAACAUGGAGAAAUCCUUAGCUUUUUUCAGCAAAAACACACCUGCUGCUACCCAGCAAAGCAUCUGCCAAACCUUACAGGGUAUUACAGUUCAAAGAUCUUCCAGAUAUCUUAGAAUGCCUUUGGGCAUAGGGAACUCCAAGAAGGAGUCCUUCAGUUUUGUGAUUGAAGCUGUAAAAAACAAACUCAUUAGCUGGAAAAACAAAUACCUGUCACCUGCUGGCAGAGAAGUCCUAAUCAAGUCAGUACUCAAUGCUAUGCCAAUUUUCAUUAUUUCAUGCUUCUGCCUUCCUAAGGGCCUCUGUCAAGAAAUAUCUCAAUUGUGUGCCAAGUUCUGGUGGAGCUCUGGUGAUGACCAAAAGCAAGGGAUCCAUUGGAAUGAGUGA